AUGGCGCAAGCACCUCCUCCCCGGGUUUUCUCGCCCGUACAAUCAUCUCCGUCACCUGGCAAUGCGGGCGCAUUUCUCCCUCCAACCAAACGACAGCGGCUUUCACCAAAUCCGUCUUCUCCAUACGCCAUGAGUCCCAACUCUCCCAGCUUCUCCAACGUCGCCUUGCCUACUGCCAAUAUUGGUUCGCCUGUAAACGGAACUCCCACCAUGCCUCCGCCUCCUCCAGCAACCAAUACGGGCGCCAUGGGACCGCCUCCGUCCCGGCCAGCUGCCGACAAGGCUACGGAUCUGAAUGAGCUCGGAGACGUCAUCGCAUCGUCUGGGAUCGAUAUUCGAGAUGAAGAAGCUGCAAUGUAUCAAUCAUACCUCUCAAAUGACAAGCCGAGCGCUGCUUCUUUUGGGUCGCAAGGCGCAACAUCGUUCAACUCGACUACAUCUGCGGGCUCCGCGCCUGGAGGCUAUCCUCUUAGUACUACUACAAACGAAGGCUACAGCGUUUCACUUCCGAUUCAAGCUGGUCCGAGUGCGUUCUAUGGGACAGGUCCUCUUAGCCAACCAGCUGCGCCAACGAAGACACCGGAAGAGCUUGCCGCUGAAAAAUGGAGGUUGAAGGCUCGGGCUAUCAACGAAAAGCGCCAGCAGCAUCUUUCCGCGCCUUUUCUCUACACCAAUACGGUCCGCCACAAGAUCGGAAGACGUGCGUUUGAAAAUGGAGUUCGCGUUCCCAUGGAAGGCUUAUACGAUCCGAUCCCAGAGAAGAUUCCUGCCAAUCGACCCGUAAACAGCCAGUCUGUUGUUGGCAGUGAUGGCACUACCGUUUCAGUAGUCAAAGGGCCAAGCUUGAUCGACGAGACGGCUCCUCUGGCCGACAUCCUUGCAUUGAUUUCACUCGCAACCAAUGAACGAAUCAGGAACCUCGUUGAGGAUGCAGCGGCAUUGGCAAAGGGAAGAAGAGUCGGAUCUCAUGGUAUCGUUCCCCCAGAAUGGUCUGAUUUGGCAGUCGGUCCUGGUGCAGAAAGCACAGGCGCACAACCUUCCGGAAGCGCAGGAGCUUCCUCCACCACUGCUACCGGAAACCGGCAAGGCUGGGAGAGCGCCGUGAGCCCCAGGUCCAUGCCUAUGAAACGACCAUCCAUCUCCGCAGCAAGUAAACCCCCCGACGGAUCCCCCAAGCCAACCCUAUCCUUCCCUAAUGAACUCGCGCGCACCCUACGCAACAUGUCCCAAAAGGAGCGCCAACAAGAAGAAGCCCGACUCGCACGACGUGCCAAAAAGGCCUCUGAGGUCGCUGCUUCUGGUGGUGGAGAUGCUAGUAAAGGCGGCGCAAGCAGCGUCCCCGCGACCCCUGGCGCCGGCGCACCAAGCGGUGGCGGUCUGAUCGGCGAGCGCGCGCCCGAAGUCAAAAUGACCAAAAAGGAACGCGAAAAGCUAGCCAAAGCCGGCGAGAGCGAAGCCAGCCAGCACGCCGCUGCAAAUGUCAUGGCCAACAUCUCUCUCGGCGGCGCCGGCGGUGGCGGUCUCUUUGGUAAAAAGAAAGGCGCUUAUUCCUGGAUGACAAAGGACAAACCCUCCGCAUCAAGUUCUGCGUUUCCCUCAAAAUUGAAUACCUCGUUUGGUCCCGGCUCAGGCGGCUCGUCUGCCGAUGCCACAGCAGCGUAUCUCGGUCCUGGUGGUCGACGCUUCGGCGAGUGGCGCGAGGAUCGCGAAAAGGGCCAGGGCAUCCAGAUGAGAGACCUUAUUGGCGUCUUGGAAGCAGAUGGGAUGGAAAAGAAGAGUCUCGCUUGGGCAUAUACCCGUCUUAAUGCCAGAGACUAA